AUGACCCUCUCUCUUUCUUUCUCUCUUUGUGAUGUUCUCUCUCUCUCUCUCUCUGUCUUUUUCUCCCUUUGUGUCACUUUCUCUCUGUCAUUUUCUCUCUCUCUGUGGUGUUUUCUCUCCCUCUGUCACUCUCUGUCAUUCUUUCUCUCUCUCUUACUCUAUCUCUUACUCUUUCUCUCUCUCUUACUCUAUCUCUUACUCUUUCUCUCUCUUUGUGAUGCUCUCUCUCUUUCUCUGUACUCUAUGAUGCUCUCUCUCGCCCUUUCUCUGUCUUUCCCUCUCUCUCUGUCACUCUUUCUCUCUGUCACUCUCUCUCUGUCAUUCUUUCUGUCUAUCUCUCAUCCUCUUCCUCGCUUUCUCUCUCCCUCUCCCUCUAUCACUUUCUAUCUCUCAUUUUUCUCUCUAUUUCCCUUCCUCUUCAGCUCUUUCUCUCUCUUUCUCUCCCUCACUCUUACUUUCUCUUUGUUACUCUUUCUUUUUCUCUCCCUCUGUCACUCUCUCUCUCUCUGUCAUUCUUUCUCUCUCUCUUACUCUAUCUCUUACUCUUUCUCUCUCUUUGUGAUGCUCUCUCUUUCUCUGUACUCUAUGAUGCUCUCUCUCGCCCUUUCUCUGUCUUUCCCUCUCUCUCUGUCACUCUUUCUCUCUGUCACUCUUUCUCUCUGUCACUCUUUCUCUCUGUCACUCUCUCUCUGUUAUUCUUUCUGUCUAUCUCUCAUCCUCUUCCUCGUUUUCUCUCCCUCUCUCUCUAUCACUUCUUCUUUCUAUCUCAUUUUUCUCUCUAUUUCCCUUCCUCUUCAGCUCUUUUACUCUCUCUUUGUUACUCUUUCUAUCUAUCUCUGUCUGUCACCCUCUCUCUCUGUAUCACUCUUUCUUCUUACAAAUGGAAGCAAAUACAUCUACAUUCUAUUUUAUACACAGCCUCAAAAAUAUCCUUAUGUUUUCUUUCCCUCUCUUUCUCUUUCUCUCUCUCCCUCUCUUUCUCUUUCUCUCUCUCCCUCUCUUUCUCUUUCUCUCUCUCAAGUGUAUCCCCCCCCACAUAUAAAUGAAUAA